GCCGCCCCCUUCAUUCCACCGCAGAGCUGCAAGGGAGCGGUCGCGGAGCUCACAGCGUAGCGAGGCGCCAUGUCUGGCCGUGGCAAGAGCGGCGGUAAGGCCCGAGCUAAGGCCAAGUCCCGUUCUUCCCGGGCCGGGCUGCAGUUCCCCGUCGGGCGCGUCCACCGGCUGCUGCGGCGCGGGCACUACGCGGAGCGGGUCGGGGCCGGCGCGCCCGUGUACCUGGCUGCAGUGCUGGAGUACCUGACGGCCGAGAUCCUGGAGCUGGCGGGCAACGCGGCCCGCGACAACAAGAAGACGCGCAUCAUCCCCCGGCACCUGCAGCUGGCGGUGCGCAACGACGAGGAGCUCAACAAGCUGCUUGGCGGCGUCACCAUCGCGCAAGGCGGUGUCCUGCCCAACAUCCAGGCCGUGCUGCUGCCCAAGAAGACGGGCAGCGGUAGCGCGGGCCCCGCCAAGGCUGGCAAGAAGGGCAGCGGGCAGCAGUCCCAGGAGUACUAGGCCGGCCGGCCGACCCCUCCCCCCCUCCGAACCACACAAAGGCCCUUUUCAGGGCCACC